CGGGAAACCGGAAGUAGCCUGUCACUCUCUGUCGGAGCAAUUCCGAUGACUGUCCACAAUCUGUACCUAUUUGACCGGAAUGGAGUGUGUCUACACUACAGCGAGUGGCACCGCAAGAAGCAAGCAGGGAUCCCUAAGGAAGAGGAGUACAAGCUGAUGUAUGGGAUGCUCUUUUCCAUUCGUUCGUUUGUCAGCAAGAUGUCCCCGCUGGACAUGAAGGAUGGCUUUCUGUCUUUCCAAACUAGCCGUUACAAACUCCACUACUACGAGACGCCCACUGGAAUCAAGGUUGUCAUGAACACUGAUUUGGGAGUGGGCCCUAUCCGAGAUGUGCUACACCACAUCUACAGUGCGCUGUACGUGGAGCUCGUCGUGAAGAAUCCGCUGUGCCCGCUGGGACAGACUGUGCAAAGUGAGCUCUUCCGCUCCCGGCUAGACGCCUACAUCCGCUCUUUGCCCUUCUUCUCUGCCCGAGCUGGCUGAAACAGCUACCUCAUCUCUAAGAAGAACCUGUGAUUGCCGGGGCCCCUCCACCUGCCUUCCCCGCCCCCACCCCAGAGACCUUCAACCUGAAGGCCUACUUCUACCCACUGCCUCCAAGUCAUAAAGAUUGACGCUUACAAGAAUUCUCGCCAGUUUUAUCCUCUACUUGACUCUGAGAAACGCAGAAUAAACUUUCUGUCACCUUCUG